UCCUCCUGAAACCCUGGGUGCAGCUUCAUUAUUCAGAAGUUUUCUUCCAUUUCGUUGGAAAAAUGCUUGGAAUUCUGAUUUGCAUCCUGGCCGUGCAUCAAGUGCAUGCCGCCUGUAAUCUGCAAGACAUUUGCCCAAACAACACAGCGGCUCAGUCCGACAUCGUGAACACGCACAACGGCUUCAGGAGAGCGGUCCAGCCCACGGCCUCCAACAUGCUGAGAAUGAACUACAGUGAGGAGGUCGCGGCCAGCGCUCAGGCCUGGAUCGACAAGUGUGAACUGGCUCAUGGAGCGCCCAGCACCCGCAUGCUCAACGGAUAUGAAUUAGGUGAGAAUCUGUUCUAUUCAUCUGCUCUCACCUCGUGGACGGACGUGAUCCAGGCCUGGCACAACGAGGUGUCGCACUACACAUACCCCACCGGAUCCUCCAACGGAGAAACCGUCGGCCACUACACUCAGGUGGUGUGGAACAGCUCGUACAAGGUCGGCUGCGGAGCAACACUUUGCCCCAACGGCAUCUAUUUCUACGGCUGCCAUUACUACCGAGCAGGAAACUUUGAACCUUAUGAGCCGUACAAAGCGGGACCCUCAUGUGGCUCCUGUCCAGAUGCUUGUGACGACAAACUCUGCACCAACCCGUGUCCUUACAUAAACAAGUACAUCAACUGUCCAGCCAUGAAAAAUACAACCGGGUGCAGCAACAAGUACGUGGCUGCCUGGUGCCCUGCUUCAUGCAAAUGCACCACUGAGAUCAUUCCAAUAUACUAAAGACAGACUUCCUGGUCUUUACGUCGUCCUUUGACCUGCUGCUGUUCACGUGGAUGCAUCUCUGUCAUCUGUGACGUGAGCUAACUCUGCUGAGUUUUCUGACACGCGUGUCACAUGCAAAGAACAUGAAAGAAAAUAAUAAAAACAACAUCAUCUGAUUCAUUGCU